AUGGAGAAGCUCCGCCGAGAAGCGAAGAGUGUCAACCGGGGUCCCGUUCCGAGCAGCCCCGUGAAGAUCAAGAGCAAGGCGGGGGAAGCUGCAAGCUCGCCACCCCCUCAGCCGCCUCCGCCAAGUUCCACAUCCGGCACAUACUCAGCGUGGGGUCUCUCCCCGCGCGGAUGGGAAGAGGUGCAGUUGGAGCUCCGCACUGAGGAAUCGCCGCCACGUGACCGGGGACUCGGCCAAGCGAGAACGGGGGUGCUGAGUAGCCCGGGCCUUGGCGACGAUUGCGGAACGACCCCCUCUCCGCUGCAGCUGGCAGGUACACGCGCAGAGUUGGGGCGCGCAACAGAGCUACCGCAGCACCAGAGGGGGCGGGAGGGGGUUCGGCAGUCACAGACACAUGCACAUGUGCCGCGUUCCCCCCCGCCUGCACCUGCUGCACCGCCACCGCAAGCAUAUUCGCCGCACGAUCUACUGCGGAGCCGUGACCGCGACUGUUCCCGCCACGCGCAGAACCACUGCGCCGUCCGCGACGACCUCCAGACCCCGCUGUCUGGGGGCGCGGCAGGGACGGCUCCCGUCGGCGAGAAUCCCACCGACGCGCGGGAGAUUUGCGGCCACGUCGGGCCGGAGACGGCCGAGGGGAUCGAUGACGAGGAGACCUCUGGCGCGGGGAGCGCUUCUCCGGCGACGCGUGAUCCUGGUGAUGCCGCGGAGGGGAGCGGUAGCGAGGGUCGCGGCGGCGAAGUUCCUGCUGAUAUUCGUCCCACCGACGCCGUGACUCAAGCGGGUCAGGGGACCGACGAUCGGGAGACGCCUUACGAGGAGAACGCCGCUGUGGGGAACGGCCUCGCUCGUGACGCGCCGGCAGAGCGUUCGACGCAACAAGAGCAGGAGUGCGUGACUGCUCAGGCGACGCAGGACGCCCCCCCGCACGAAGUGGAAGAGAUAACCCGCGCACGAGGCGGCGCAUGGGCUCACUCGCGGCUGGACGGGCUUGGACCUGGGGACGUGGAGGCGCAGGCUCCGGCCAAGCCAAGCCGCGAGGCACUCCUGUUGGACGGCGCGGAAGCGGGAGAGGACGGCGAGGAGGAAGAAGACACCGAGGAAGCGGGUGACGGAGCGGCGCAAGCGGCUAUGCGAGAACCGCAGAGGGAAUGCUUCGAGAAUGCGUGGGAGGCUGCGAGGAAGCAGCUGACGAGGAAGAAGACGGAGAAUCUGGGAAUGGCGAGAGUGAUGGCGGUGACCCCGCCAGACACCCGCAAGCACUCCUUCCCCCUGCUUGAGUGGGUACGCGACUUCUCCCCUGCGAACGCACCUGCGAUAGAGCCCCGCGAUUUCAGACGCAUCAACGCCAAACUCCCGAACGGGAUAGGGGCAGGGCCCUCGGGAACUACCUUUGAGCACAUCCGGGACGCCGCGCUCGGAAACCCCGACAUCUUCGCACACCUGCUGGCACUCACCAACACAGCGCUAGCAGGAAAGUUGAGUGCCGAGGCCGCGGAACUCCUUACUGCCUCGCGCCUCCUAGCAUUCACGAAGCCUCGGGGGGGAACCCGGCCGAUAGCUGUUGGCGAAUGCCUUCUACGCAUCGUCGCGAAAGCUGCACUGUUCCUGACGGCUGCAUCGGCGCGAGCGCACUUCGCGCCUCUUCAAUUCGGAGUAGCGGUAGCUAGAGGGAUUGAGGCGGCCAUCCACACGGCGAGCACCUACCUGGAAGUGAACGCGGGCUCAGUGGCGUUGCAGAUUGACCUCGCUAACGCAUUCAAUGUGGUGGAAAGGGCGGUGGUGUUCGAAAAGCUAAAGAACGACGCACUGGAGAGCCUGGUGCCCCUCGUCUGCCUCUCUUACGGGGCUCCCUCCUCUCUCCACCUCGACCACGAUUUCGCGACGGCAUGCACGGAGGCCUUCGCACACCUCACCGCCGCGCUGAAGCGUUUGGGCCUCGAGCACAACCUCGGGAAGUGCGAGGCCUGGUCCGCAGCCGCCGUCGACCCCACAUCCCUCCCGCCAAACAUCUCCAUUGCGGCGGAUGGGCUGCGGGUCCUUGGGAGCCCUAUCGGCACCGCCGCGGGCUGCGCCGAGCGUGUGAGGGAGAGACUGGCGGCUGCGGCAGAACCCCUGCCGCUCCUGUCCCAGAUGGACCCCCAGCUGAGCCUGCUCCUACUCACCCGCUGUGUGAGCCGGCGAGCCUCAUUCCUGGCCAGGACAACCCCUCUCUCGGCGCUACCUGAGGCUGAGUGGUCGGCGUGGGGGGAGCGGCUGCUACAUACCUUCCUGGAGGCGGCUCAUAUCGUUACACUGAGGAAUGAUGAGGAGAGGGGGCGGAUAUGUCGGCAGGCGGCGUUACCUGUCACUUUGGAAGGGCCAGGCAUCACCAACCCCGCCAAUGAAGGGAGCUACUGUAAGUGUUAG